UCGGCGCGGCGCGUAGCCGCGGCUUCGCGGGGCGAUGCUGCCCUGGAAGCGGAGCAAGGUGGAGCUGGUCGCGGGCGAGGCGCGGCGGCAGAGCAAGCCUAAGGGCUACGCGGUGAGCGUGCACUACUCGGCGCUCACCUCGCUGGCCCGCGCCUGCCCCGAGAGCGCGCUGCACCGCGUGGGCAGCAUGUUCCGCUCCAAGCGGCGGAAAUUCCGCGUGACCAGCGAGGACCCCACGUACACCGUGCUCUACCUGGGCAACGCCACCACCAUCCAGUCCAAGGGCGAGGGCUGCACCGACCUGGCCGUUUGCAAGAUCUGGAGUAAGAGCGAAGCGGGUCGCCAGGGCACCAAGAUGAAGCUGACCAUCAGCGCGCAGGGCAUCCGCAUGGCCCACGCCGAGGACAAGGGACUGCGGCGGCCCGGACACCUCUACCUGCUGCACCGCGUCACCUACUGCGUGGCCGAUCCGCGCCUGCCGCGCGUCUUCGCCUGGAUCUACCGACACGAGCUGAAGCACAAGGCGGUGAUGCUGCGCUGCCACGCCGUGCUCGUCUCCAAGCCCGAGAAGGCGAAAGCCAUGGCCCUGCUGCUCUACCAGACCUCGGCCACGGCGCUGGCCGAGUUCCGCCGCCUGAAAAAGCGGGACGACGCGCGGCACCAGCAGCAGCAGCUGGUGGGCGAGCAGAGCAUCCCGCUGGUGCCGCUGCGCAAGCUUCUUAACGGGCAGUGCUGCUACAAGCCACCGGUGGAGCGGAGCCGCAGCGCGCCCAAGCUGGGCUCCAUCACAGAGGACCUUCUGGGCGAGGAGCAGGAGGAGCGCGCCAUGCACUGCGAAUGCGAGGACAUCCUGGAGGCGCUGGGCGAGCCCGAGGGCGAGCUGCUGCGUGCCGGCGCCGGCCGCGGGGAGGGCCCGGAGCUGGGCCGGCUGCUGCGCGACCUGGGCGAGCUCAGCCUGGGCAACGACCUGCGCUCGCUGCGCGCCGACCUCGGCGUCCGGCGGCUGCUCUCGGGGGAGAGCACGGGCAGCGAGUCCUCCUUGGAGAGCACCGGCCCCGACGGCGCCGCCCCGCCCUGCAACGGCGCCGAGCAGCCGGCCCAGGGCGACCCGGAGAGCGGAUGAGCUCCGGGGAGGGGGCACGGCUCGGCAGCGCUCGGGCCCUUCCUGGAGUGCGCGGUUCCGCCGGGGCGCACCGGCUCCACCCUGGGAGCUCGCGGCCUCACCGGGGAGCUCCGGGUCCCCUCCGCCGGCGGCGCGCGGUCCCUACCGGCAGCCCGCAGCCUCACCGGGGGGGCAUCAGAUCCCCUCUGCCGGCAGCACGCGGCGCUCCCCGGGAGCGCCCGGUUCCGCUGGGGAGCGCCGGGGACCCUCCGCCGGCACCGCGCGGCCUCACCAGGGAACGUCGGAUCCGUUCCGCCGGCAGCGCACGGUCCCUCCGGGAGCGCGCGGCUACUCCGGCUCCUCCCGGUUCCUCCGAGUGCGCCGUGGCCCCGCGGCGCUGCCGUGGCCCGUGGACUGGAGGUGUCUGCGGGCUGUUUACCUCCUUCCCGGCCCUUGA